UCCCACGGCGGUUGGCCAUAUAGAGGCUGGGGGCGGGGGGGUCAAGCGUAGCCUCUUCUCCUUUACCAAGAUGGCGGCUUGUCCCUCUUUCGCCACAGUUCCUACCUUAUGAGCUUGGUUUCCUCACGCUAAUAAGAGUGGAACAGGAAAAGCUGGCAGGCUGACAGAGGUGGCCUCCGGACGGACUUUCUGGCUACUGACCAUUUUGCUGUGGCUUACCCGGACUGCGUGUGGUGUGACAUCAACCAUGAGCUCCGUUGCAGUUUUGACCCAAGAGAGUUUCGCUGAACACCGAAGUGGGCUGGUUCCGCAACAAAUUAAAGUUACCACCUUAAAUUCAGAAGAAGAGAGUGACCCUCCAACCUACAAGGAUGCUUUCCCUCCACUUCCUGAGAAAGCAGCUUGCUUGGAAAAUGCCCAGGAACCUGCCGGAGCCUGGAGUAACAAGAUCCGGCCCAUCAAGGCCUCUGUCAUCACUCAGGUGUUCCAUGUACCCCUAGAGGAAAGGAAAUACAAGGACAUGAACCAAUUUGGAGAAGGUGAACAAGCAAAAAUCUGCCUUGAGAUCAUGCAGAGGACUGGUGCUCACCUAGAGCUAUCUCUGGCCAAAGACCAAGGCCUCUCCAUAAUGGUCUCAGGGAAGCUGGACGCUGUUAUGAAGGCCCGGAAGGACAUCGUUGCUAGACUGCAAACUCAAGCCUCAGCAACUGUUCCCAUUCCAAAAGAGCACCAUCGCUUUGUUAUUGGCAAAAAUGGAGAGAAACUGCAAGACUUGGAGCUAAAAACUGCAACCAAAAUCCAGAUCCCACGCCCAGAUGACCCCAGCAACCAGAUCAAGAUCACUGGCACCAAAGAGGGUAUUGAGAAAGCUCGCCAUGAGGUCCUUCUUAUCUCUGCUGAGCAGGACAAGCGCGCUGUAGAGAGGCUGGAGGUGGAGAAGGCCUUCCACCCCUUCAUUGCUGGACCAUACAACAGACUUGUGGGUGAAAUCAUGCAGGAGACAGGGACUCGCAUCAACAUCCCCCCACCCAGCGUCAACCGGACAGAAAUUGUCUUCACUGGAGAGAAGGAGCAGCUGGCUCAGGCUGUGGCUCGAAUCAAGAAGAUUUAUGAGGAAAAGAAAAAGAAGACCACAACCAUUGCAGUGGAAGUGAAGAAAUCUCAGCACAAGUAUGUCAUCGGGCCAAAGGGCAAUUCAUUGCAAGAGAUCCUGGAAAGAACUGGAGUUUCUGUUGAGAUACCACCCUCAGAUAGCAUCUCUGAGACUGUGAUACUGCGAGGCGAGCCUGAAAAGUUGGGGCAGGCAUUGACUGAAGUUUAUGCCAAGGCCAAUAGUUUUACAGUCUCUUCUGUGUCUGCCCCCUCCUGGCUUCACCGAUUCAUCAUUGGCAAGAAAGGGCAGAAUCUGGCCAAAAUCACUCAGCAGAUGCCAAAGGUUCAUAUCGAGUUCACAGAAGGUGAGGACAAGAUCACCCUAGAAGGCCCCACGGAGGAUGUGAAUGUGGCUCAGGAGCAGAUCGAGAGCACAGUCAAAGACCUGAUUAACCGGAUGGACUAUGUGGAGAUCACCAUUGAUCACAAGUUCCACAGACACCUCAUUGGGAAGAAUGGAGCCAACAUCAACAGAAUCAAAGACCAGUACAAGGUGUCUGUGCGGAUUCCUCCUGACAGUGAGAAAAGCAACCUGAUCCGCAUUGAGGGGGACCCACAGGGUGUGCAGCAGGCCAAACGGGAGCUUCUGGAGCUUGCAUCUCGCAUGGAAAAUGAGCGUACCAAGGAUUUAAUCAUUGAGCAAAGGUUUCAUCGCACAAUCAUUGGCCAGAAAGGUGAACGGAUCCGUGAAAUUCGUGACAAAUUCCCAGAGGUUAUCAUUAACUUUCCAGACCCAGCACAAAAAAGUGAUGUCGUUCAACUCAGAGGUCCCAAGAAUGAGGUGGAGAAAUGCACAAAAUACAUGCAGAAGAUGGUGGCAGACCUGGUGGAAAAUAGCUAUUCGAUUUCUGUUCCGAUCUUCAAACAGUUUCACAAGAACAUAAUUGGGAAAGGAGGUGCAAACAUUAAGAAGAUUCGUGAAGAAAGCAAUACCAAGAUUGAUCUUCCUGCAGAGAACAGCAACUCUGAGACCAUUGUCAUCACAGGCAAGCGAGCCAACUGUGAAGCUGCCCGGAGCCGUAUUCUGUCCAUCCAGAAAGACCUGGCCAACAUAGCUGAGGUGGAAGUCUCGAUUCCUGCCAAAUUGCACAACUCCCUCAUUGGCACAAAGGGGCGUCUGAUCCGCUCCAUCAUGGAGGAGUGUGGUGGAGUCCACAUUCACUUUCCUGUGGAAGGUUCUGGAAGUGAUACCGUUGUCAUCAGGGGCCCUUCCUCAGAUGUGGAAAAGGCCAAGAAGCAGCUUCUACACCUGGCUGAGGAGAAGCAAACAAAGAGCUUCACCGUGGAUAUCCGAGCCAAGCCAGAAUACCACAAAUUCCUCAUUGGCAAAGGGGGUGGCAAAAUCCGCAAGGUGCGUGACAGCACCGGAGCACGCAUCAUAUUCCCAGCAGCUGAGGACAAGGACCAGGAUUUGAUCACCAUCAUAGGGAAGGAGGACGCUGUCCGGGAGGCGCAGAGGGAGCUGGAGGCCUUGAUUCAGAACCUGGAUAACGUGGUUGAAGACUACAUGCUGGUGGAACCCAAGCACCACCGCCAUUUUGUCAUACGAAGAGGCCAGGUUUUAAGGGAGAUUGCUGAAGAAUAUGGUGGGGUGAUGGUCAGCUUCCCACGUUCAGGCACACAGAGCGACAAGGUCACCCUCAAGGGCGCCAAGGACUGUGUAGAGGCAGCCAAGAAGCGCAUUCAGGAGAUCAUCGAGGAUCUGGAAGCUCAGGUGACAGUGGAAUGUGCUAUACCCCAGAAGUUCCAUCGCUCUGUCAUGGGCCCCAAAGGUUCCAGAAUCCAGCAGAUCACUCGGGAUUACAACGUUCAGAUUAAGUUCCCUGACAGAGAGGAAAACCCAGCUCAGAGUGUAGAGCCAUCCAUCCAGGAGAAUGGGGAUGAGGCUGGGGAGGGCAGAGAGCCUGACCCUGGCUCUCCCAGGAGGUGUGACAUCAUCAUCAUCUCAGGCCGGAAAGAAAAGUGUGAGGCUGCCAAGGAAGCCCUCGAGGCAUUGGUUCCAGUCACCAUUGAAGUGGAGGUACCCUUUGACCUUCACCGUUAUAUCAUUGGGCAGAAAGGCAGUGGGAUCCGAAAGAUGAUGGAUGAGUUUGAGGUGAAUAUUCACGUCCCAGCUCCCGAGCUGCAAUCUGACAUCAUUGCCAUCACUGGCCUGGCUGCAAAUUUGGACCGGGCCAAGGCAGGGCUGCUGGAGCGAGUGAAGGAGCUUCAGGCUGAGCAGGAAGACCGGGCUUUAAGGAGUUUUAAGCUGAGUGUCACUGUUGACCCCAAAUACCAUCCCAAAAUUAUCGGGAGAAAGGGAGCAGUGAUCACCCAAAUCCGCUUGGAGCACGAUGUGAACAUCCAGUUUCCUGAUAAGGAUGAUGGGAGCCAGGCCCAGGACCAAAUCACCAUCACUGGGUAUGAGAAGAACACAGAAGCUGCCCGCGAUGCUAUCCUGAAAAUUGUGGGUGAGCUUGAACAGAUGGUUUCUGAGGACGUCCCACUGGACCACCGUGUCCAUGCCCGUAUCAUUGGUGCCCGGGGCAAAGCCAUCCGCAAAAUCAUGGAUGAGUUCAAGGUGGACAUCCGCUUCCCACAGAGUGGAGCUCCAGACCCCAACUGUGUCACUGUGACAGGGCUCCCGGAGAAUGUGGAGGAGGCCAUCGACCACAUCCUGAACUUGGAGGAGGAAUAUCUGGCCGACGUGGUGGACAGUGAGGUACUGCAAGUUUACAUGAAGCCCCCGGCACAUGAGGAGUAUAAGGCGCCCUCCAAAGGUUUUGUGGUGCGGGACGCUCCCUGGACUGCCAACAGCAGCGAUAAGGCUCCCGAUAUGAGCAGCUCCGAGGAAUUUCCAAGCUUUGGGGCUCAGGUGGCCCCUAAGACCCUCCCAUGGGGGCCAAAGCGAUAAUGAACAAAAAGCAGAAAGCUUUCCAGCCUGCUGGCCUGAACCUAGCCACACCACGGUUUGUCUCAAUCUGACCCAGCAGCUGGACCCUCGUAAAUUGUUGACGCUCUUUCCCCCUCCCCGAGGUCUCGCAGUGAAGCCUGGUUGGCACCCCGUGGGCUCAGGAUCUGCCCCUGGCACCAUGCUCUGGGACAGGCACACUUUUAAACACUAAGCAAAGUAAUUGAGCAUCUCCUGAUAACACAGACUCCGGCUUCCGGGUCCACCCAGCAUGCAGUCAGCACUCUGACCUCCAUUACCAGAGCUCCACGGCCGCGGCUAGGAGUCGACUUCCUGUGUCAUGACCUCAGGAAAUAAAUUUCCUUGACUUUAUAAAAGCCAAAACGUUUGCCCUCUUCCUUUCCCACCUCCUUCCUGUAGGCUGUCUGUGGUCCAGACCUGCCUUGUGGAAUGCAGUCAGCCUCCUCUAACUGCCGAGGUCUGCUUAGCACAGGCCACUGGAGGGGGAGGGGGGGUGGAGGGAGGCCGGCCAGAGGCUGGGUGACCUGGGUCCUCUGCACUGAUGGUAACCCCUUUGGGUCUGAAAUCACUGGAGAUGAGGCUGUGUGCGUGGGCUCCCUGACCUCUUGUGGCCAUUGCUGUGGCCGUGGGUGGCCUGGGAACUGGCAGGGAGCAGGAAAACUGCUUCCCUUCAGUGGGGGCUGCUCCACCUGCCAAGGCUGGGCACCUCAUGUUCACUUGCCUUCUUUCUACCUCAGCCGUGUGGUAGUGUUGUCAUGCAUAGUUUAUUUCCCUCCCCCAAGUCUCCUUUCUAAAUCUAGACAUUUUUGGUGGUCCUGGCUUACUGCAGUUGGGUAUGGGGCCUGUGUGUGGAACUGGAGCCAGGGUGGGGGCCCAGUCCAGCGUGGAGUGUUCUCUCCCUUUCUGCUCACAGUUGGCCAGCCCUAGAAGGCUCUAGAAGGGCAGGCUUAGAUGGUGUGUGCAGGCCACAGGCACUGAUCCUAGGUUGCUGGCUUUCGAGGAAGGUGUUACAGUCCUAGUUUAAGUUGAUUACUGAAUGGCAAUCAAGAAGAAGCCAAAUAAGAGGCAAAGGACUGGGUGCUUGAAGGCCCUCCUAGCCUAGGCAAAUUCUACCAUUCCAGUGUGGCCAGUAAUAGUGUUGAACCACUGGCUGCAGUAUGUAUAAUCAGGGACCCCAGCCCACAGGCUACAGACCCACCCUCACCAGGAAAGGUGGUCCUAGGCAGACGUGUCUGCCGUGUGUGGGGAAUGAAGAUGGGCUUUAAGAUUUCCAGGUUGUCUAAGUAGCCAUAGUAAGUUGUCUUGUCCCAGACGUGUGGGCUUCUAGAGCGGCACACAUGUGCCCAUUUCCUAGCCCUCCCUCUGGAUGGUCACCAAUGUAGCCACUUAUGGGACAGCGUCUGCUUUUCUGGGUAGCAGGACAGCCUGGGGCUGAGCCGAUGGGGCCAGGAGGAAAGGCCAGGGGCUCCCACCAAUUCCCCAGAGCUGUCUCAUUCCUGGAGACCUUGAGGGAAGUCUGCAUGAGCUUGGGGUGUUUUCCUGUCGGUCGUAUUGCUUCUUUCCUCAUCCUCCCUGCUCUGGUACCCACCUUACCUCUCUUCCAACAGUCCCUCCUUCCCCCAGAAGGUUUUUUUUUUUUUUAACACAUCUCCAUUUAUUGCCAAGUGCUGUAGAUGUGGGCCUCCUUUUCAGUCAUUUAUGAGCUCCAGGCCAAUUCCCUGCAGCUGGAGCGGCUGGGGCUGAGCAGGGGUGGGCAGAUCUUUUCCUCCUUGUUGAAUGUCUUCCAUACCCUAUGUUUCCAUAGCAACAUCCAUCCCUUGGCCUUAACUUUGGAAUUUGGAGAUUAUAUGCAAAUAUGUGUAAAGGCUCAUGAAUAUGGAUGACACUGGAAUUUUAUAAAUUCUAAAAUAAAACCCGAAACUAGA